AUGAGUGUCAGUCCUCCAGCUCCAAUAACGAUUGAAUCACCUGUUUAUCCUCCUCCUUCUUCUUACCCAUCAACCGCUCGAUCUCCACAUGAUCGCCCCAACGCAGACGCCAGACGAAGAAAGAAACACCGAUUUACGCCCACACUACGGGUAUUCUCUUCGUUCCUCUAUCACACAAGUUUCUACCUUUGUAUAUUGGUCAUAGCUGUCUUGUUGGUGGGUACAGCUUGGGGAUUAGGUGAACAAGCUUGGAGAACAGGUGGUCAGAGAAGAUGGAAUAUCGUCAUUCUGGUUGCUGCUUAUGUUGUUUUGGGUAUCAUAUCAGUCUUACAUGUCUGGUCAAGAGUAUUAAGUAUCAAAAGAGUAUUGAGAACAAUGCCAAAACCUUAUAUACCUACUAAACAAGUUGAUUUACCUAAAAAAGUAGCUAAACAUAUCGCUACAGAAUACUCUAGAACAGCAGUCAUAGCUCAUAUCUCACAAGCUACUACGGGUCAACAAGAAGGUUGGGGUAGACCAGGUACAAAAUGGGAAGAUAAACAUUUCAGAACAUAUAUACUUUCCACUCUACCCAUCAUGAGACAAGCUCUUGCUCCUACACCAUCUUCAGCACCUUUGUCCCUUCAACCUCUAUUAGAAGCUUCAGCUAAGAUCAACGAUAAUGGUGCUAUUCGAUUGUUCGUCAAUUCGUAUGCUAAGAUUAUAGAAAGAGCAAGAUACGCAAGGAAGGAACCUAGUCAAGCUGAUGCUGAAGCUGUAGAAAAAGUAGUAGACGUCGUUCUUCUCACACUCGAAGUCAAACGCCGUCGAGAACAAGAUCGAGAAAGAGCGCACGGAUGA